AUGGUGGAUAUUGGAAGCUCAUUGAUAGUUCUGGAGAAGGUGCUUGAAGCUGUGGGCUCUGAAAGUCGCUCUGAAGAGCCAUUGCUCGAUGUAAUGAGUCAGCUGACUGUUAUCGUCAAGAGUUCAAUAACUGAUCUAGAGUUGAGACAUGAAAUGGCACAUUCACAUCAUAUUUGGAGAAUGAUCAAAGUGGAUCUGGAGCAAGAGCCCGAAGAAGUGAAUUUGGAACUUAAAUUUAGGUUGAUCAGAGGUGUUGUCUUGCUGGCUAGGAAUCUAUUAUCAGUGGCUAGAGACAUUGCACUAGAGAUUGGAAUACGACAGGCUAUUUUCAAGUUUGGGUUAAAUUUACAGAGAAUCCAAGAGAACGAAGGCAUAUACAAUAACUGUUUGGUUUCUGCUUUCCAAUGUUUAUCCAAUCUCACUGUUAACAUGAAGGAUCACGAACCUGAGGUGCUGUACGAACUAGUUGCAGUUUUCAAGUCAAUCAAAACUUGGAACGAGGAUACUCAAUUACCUGUGUUUUCAUACUUCAAAAACAUUAUGGAUUCUCCGGAUUUCUUACACUUUGCUUUGUCAAAAGGUGAAGGUAAGCCAAUUCUAAAAGAAUUAUUGAUUCAAUUUGAGAAACUUGACUUGGAAGGGGAGCUUUCGAGCAUUGGAAUACUAAUUGUUAGUAUUUUCACUAAAUUGAUUGUUCAUGAAUCAUUUUUGAAGUUCAUCACCGUAUAUAAUGAUCCUGACUAUACUAUUAGAUAUUUGAAAGUUGCUCAAACAAUCAUCACUAGUAAAGAAUCAUGGGAGGUGUUUGAAUUGACAGUUAUCUUAUCGUGGGUUUAUGAACUUUUCCAAAAGACAGUUCCACAGAUCCAGUCGUAUUUUGAAACAAACUCACAAGAUGAACCAUUAUUUAUUUAUCAAAAAGCUUCAAGCAGCUUGGAUAUUCUUGCUACACUCUCGAAAUAUGAUCAUUCAAGAAAGUUUUUACUAUCUUAUGAAGGUGUUCAAAACUUGGUUGGUUUAUUAGGUAUAAUACAAAAGAAUGUGAAACCAAAAAAGCUUAAAGACGAUCAAAAAUUAGAGGCAAAGAAAGAUUUAAAGAUCGAGUACAAGAAUUUUCCACAUAUAAAGUCAUUCAUCAUUGAAAUUUUAUCAUCUUUAGUAUAUCAAAACUUUGACGUACAAGAGUUAAUGAGAGAACUUCACGGAUUGGAACUUGUCUUAUCAAAUUGUAUUAUUGAUGAUAAUGAACCGUUCAUCAAAGAAAGGAGCAUUGUUUGUUUAAGGUUUUUGCUUUUGAAUAAUGAAAAAAACCAAGAAUUUGUUUCAAAAUUAGAAGCCAAACAAGCUGUUCAAGAUGAUACAUUAGAUGAAGCAGGAUUUGAGGUUGAAAUAGUUGAUGGGAAAGUCAAACUGAAACAAAAACCAAACUACAAACCUUGA